AUGUCGACCAAGCCCCUGCCUCUGGACCAAUCGGCAUCCCCCAAUCCAGAAACAGCAUCUUCGUUCCGACUCCCGCCCAUCUCAUUCUUGGCGCGAGACCAUGCUUCCGCUCCCCAUUUUGCGUCGUUGAUUCUGCCGCUUCGACACCUGCAAGCGGGUCCAGACCAGGAGCCGGGAACACUGCCUGUCGAAAGAAAUAUACUCCUGGAACCGGCAUCUCUGGCUGGACUUCCGCCAAAAGAAGAUAUUCGCUCGCUCCCAAAACCGAAGGCUCUUGGGUUGUUUCCGCUGCAGUCUGCAGGCGAGCCAUUGUCACAUAACCUUGUGACAUCUCUUAGUUCUCCAAAUGUGAAGACAGAGAACGGGAAUGUAGAAGAAACGAGGAGCGAAAAGGAGACUUCAGUUAAAGAAAAACGCGCUUCUCCCCAUCAUGAGGCUCCAUUGGCCAAGAAGCCAAAAGGUCCACCCAUACUAGACAAAAGGCCACUAGAGAAACUACUUAAAUCGCUCUACCCUGUGCGCAGACAUUUGGGCACAGUGGUUUAUAAUCCAACAACCACCUGGGAGACACUCCAGUUCGAGCAUUUGCAUGGUUUGCAGGAACAUGAUAAGCAACAACUUAGGGAGAUCCGGGAGCGAUACCUUGAACGGAAAGCAGAACAGUUCUCGAUGGAAAAGAAGGAGUAUAUUCCAUCGAUUCCUCCCUUAUCAGACGCUUGUAUCAAUUCGUUUCUCGAAGUGAAGAUUCCUUACAGAUUCAUCAAGGCGUUUAUUGAGGACUUCACGGCGGGGACGGUGCAGCGGAAGAGAGAACUAUGGGGUGGUGCCGGCGGGAUUUACACCGACGACUCGGACAUUUUGAGUGUACUCUGUCAUCUCGGGCUUUUUGAUGAUGACCUAGAUCUCACCGCGUGCAAUUCGGAAUGGGAGCCAAGCAACGUGAUUAAACCGCUCAAGAUACUGAAGGACGCUGACGAUGUUGAAUUGCUAGACUUGUCCGUGACACUCAUAAUUUACCCUGGCUUGAACGCUUACCAUGGUUAUUAUAAAAAUGGCAUAAAUUCUAGGUCAUGGGCUCAUAAACUGCAGCAUGAUGGUCUCAGUUAUGGCGUCUUCCAGGUGAAGUGGGAGACCUGUAUCAUGUCGAUGGACGAACGAAGCAUUUAUAAGAAGUCAGCGCUAGAGAUUGAGGCUGAUCGACUCUAUGAAGCAUCAAACACCAGCAAAGGCGGCUGGAGAUUUGACCAUAAGCUCUACCAAAGACUACAGAAAGAAGCGCAAAAGGCGGUCGAGCCACCAAAAUAA